UUUACAAUGGAAUGUCCAGUUUGUAAUAAAGAAGUCGCAGAAAAUAUAGAAAUUCACGUUGAAAAAUGUAUUUUUCUACACACUCAGGAGGAACCUACAAUGAAUGACAAAAAUAAAAGAAGAAGUCAUACUUUAGAAGCGCCUGAAAAACGGUUCAAGGAAAAUGAUGGUACAAGUACAAGCAGAAAAUCUCCUGUUUUUGAUAACAAACGUAAGGUAAAGGAUACAAAUAAUGGGGUACAAGGCACUAACUUCUUCAAAACAAAUAAAGUAAUUCAGCUGAGUGAUGAUGAUGACGAUGAUAAUGAUGAAGAUUCACAACCGGUAGAGCCAGAAAUCAAGGAGAUCAAUAAAAAGAAGCUUCCGGAAUGCGAUUUAACAAAACCUCUAGCUGAAAUUAUGCGUCCAGACUGUAUAGACCAAUACAUAGGACAACAACAUGUCCUGGGAAGCGGUAUGGUUUUAAGAACAUUGCUUGAAAAGACAGAGAUACCUAGUAUGAUACUCUGGGGACCUCCAGGCUGUGGAAAAACUACUUUAGCACAUAUAAUUGCUAGCAAGUGCAAACAAUCUCAAUCAGUUCGAUUUGUGAAAUUAUCUGCAACAAUGGCUGGUGUGAAUGAUGUUAAAAAAAUAAUAGAAGUUGCAAAAAACGAACAGAAGUUCAAAAGACGUACUAUAUUGUUCAUGGAUGAAAUUCACAGAUUUAACAAGCUUCAACAAGAUACGUUUCUUCCUCACGUAGAGUCAGGUGUUAUAACUUUGAUAGGUGCUACAACAGAAAACCCAUCUUUCAGUCUUAACAACGCUUUGCUAAGCAGAUGUCGUGUUAUUGUUUUACAAAAGUUAGAAGUUGAUAACUUAAUGCAAAUAUUAACAAGGGCUCUGGGAGCAUAUAAAGCUGUGAUAAUUGAAAAUUCUAAAGAUGUUAAUUCAAAUGCUAAUCUUCUAGUUGAAAGAGCUUCCAUAAAAUGGUUGGCAGAAAUGUGUGAUGGAGAUGCACGAAUAGCUUUAAACAGUUUACAGCUGGCUGUACAAUCUUUAAAAGAAACUAGUGACAAGUCUAAACCUAGUUUGAUGACUGUUGAAAACAUCAAAGAUGGCAUAAAGAGGUCUCACAUGUUGUAUGACAGUAAAGGUGAUCAGCACUACGAUACAAUUUCAGCAUUGCACAAAUCUAUAAGAGCAUCAGAUGAUAACGCUGCUCUUUAUUGGUGCACUAGGAUGUUAAAGGGAGGCGAUGAUCCUAGAUUUAUUGCUCGCAGAUUGAUGCGUGCUGCAAGCGAAGAUAUAGGUUUAGCUGAUCCUCAUGCAUUGUCGCUAGCAGUUGCUGCUGCUCAAGGUGCACAACUUAUUGGAAUGCCGGAAUGUGAUGUAUUGCUUGCUCAAUGUGCUGUUUAUCUAGCUAGGGCUCCAAAAAGCCAGGAAGUUUAUAGAGCAAUGUUGGAAUGUGGCAGCUCUAUUGAAAAUUGUCGUGGAAAUUUACCUCCAGUGCCAUUACAUUUAAGAAAUGCUCCCACAAAACUUAUGAAAGAGCUAGGAUAUGGAAAAGGAUAUAACAUGCGUCAUAAGGAUGAGUCAAAUCUCACAUAUAUGCCUGAAGGAAUGGAAAAUGUUUCUUAUUUUUAA